CGGUUUAUAGUAUUAAAUUUAUAAUUAAUUUGCUAAUUAGUACUUAGUCUGUUCAUUACACACAGAGACAACCGUUAAUUAUAAUUCCCAUCUGACUUUUUUGUUCUUCAGCCAUUGCCAGUCACAGAAAAUUCACCAAUGGCGAUUGUCGUCCGCAGCGCUUGACUUAGAAGACUCGGACGUCCGACACUUUCCCUUCGGACUUUUCACCGUCUAAUCCUCCAUGGAUGAACACCACCGCUAGAUCAUUAAUCCACCGGCAGACACUCCAUUACUCAGAUCUCUGUUGCUCUCCUCCUCCCAUCUGUUUCCCGGAGUGAGAUUUUUUUACACAGACAUGCCGUUGUCUUCUUACAUUGGUUCUCGCCGGGGAGGAGGGAGCGGGGGCCGGCCCCAGUCAUCGUCGAUUCUACCGACCUCUGCGUCUUCUGCUUCUCCAGCCAAGUCGAAGCUGCAAUCGAGAAAACCUAGAAAGCGCGGGGUUGUGAUCAACUUCCUCUUCACCAACUUCUUCACAAUCUCGCUCUCGAUCUCGCUCCUCUUCCUCUUCUUCACCAUCGUCCACUUCGGCCUCCCCAAGCCCCUCUUCUCCACGACGUUCAAAUCGCGGGCGAGUCCCGUCCGGCAGCAGCGGAAGGCGACGGGCGGCGGCGUCAGGAGGAAGCCGGUUGAGAACGAUGUGAGUAAAGGUGCUACUGUGGAUUUGACUACCAAAGCUUUGUACGAUAAGAUCGAGUUCGAGGAUAAGGACGGCGGGCCCUGGAAGCAAGGGUGGAGAGUGAGCUAUAAAGGGGAUGAGUGGGAUAGUGAGAAAUUGAAGGUUUUCGUGGUGCCUCAUUCGCAUAAUGAUCCUGGUUGGAAGCUCACUGUGGAUGAGUAUUACGAGAAGCAGUCCAGGCAUAUACUCGACACCAUUGUUGAUACACUUUCGAAGGACCCUCGGAGGAAGUUCAUAUGGGAAGAGAUGUCUUAUCUGGAGAAAUGGUGGAGAGAUUCAUCUGAGGAAAAAAGAGCAUCUUUGACGGAAUUGGUUAAGAAUGGCCAGUUAGAAAUUGUAGGGGGUGGCUGGGUGAUGAAUGAUGAGGCGAAUUCCCAUUUCUUCUCAAUAAUUGAGCAGAUUACUGAAGGAAACAUGUGGUUGAAUGAUACUAUUGGUGUUAUUCCGAAGAAUUCUUGGGCAAUUGAUCCCUUUGGUUAUUCAUCUACUAUGGCAUAUCUCCUUCGUCGUAUGGGGUUUGAGAAUAUGUUGAUUCAGAGGACCCAUUAUGAGCUCAAGAAGGAACUUGCUCUGCACAAAAAUCUAGAAUUUGUAUGGCGACAGAGCUGGGAUGCAAGCGAAACAACUGAUAUCUUUGUGCAUAUGAUGCCUUUCUACUCUUACGAUAUCCCGCAUACUUGUGGCCCUGAACCUGCAAUCUGUUGUCAGUUUGACUUUGCCCGAGUCCACGGCUUUUUCUACGAGUUAUGCCCAUGGCUCCAGAAUCCAGAAGAGACCACUCCAGAAAACGUGCACGAAAGGGCUACAUUGCUGCUAGAUCAAUACAGGAAGAAGUCAGUAUUAUACCGAACCAAUACUCUGCUGAUUCCUCUUGGUGAUGAUUUCCGAUACAUAAGCAAUGAAGAAGCAGAGGCCCAAUUUCGUAAUUACCAAAUGUUGUUCGACCACAUCAACUCCAGCCCUAGUCUGAAUGCUGAGGCAAAAUUCGGUACUCUGGAGGAUUACUUCCAAACUCUUCGAGAAGAGUCCGACAGAAUCAACUACUCACUUCCUGGGGAAGUUGGAUCUAGUCAAGUUGGAGGGUUUCCUUCUCUAUCAGGUGACUUCUUUACUUAUGCUGAUAGGGAGAAGGAUUACUGGAGUGGCUACUAUGUUUCACGGCCUUUCUUCAAGGCUGUUGAUCGUGUUCUAGAGCAAACAUUACGCGCUACUGAAAUGAUGGUGGCUUUGUUCGUCGGUCAUUGUCAAAGACAGCAGUGUGACAAGUUGGUCACAGGGUUUAGCUACAAGUUGACAGCUGCCAGAAGGAACUUAGCUCUGUUUCAACAUCACGAUGGGGUAACCGGUACAGCUAGGGAUCAUGUCGUUCAUGACUAUGGAACACGUAUGCAUACCUCUUUACAAGACCUGCAGAUUUUCAUGUCGAAAGCUAUUGAAGUGCUUCUCGGAAUGCACAUUGAGAAGCUUGAUCAGAAUCCGGCUAAGUUUGAAUCAGAACAAGUGAGGGCCAAGUACAAUGCUCAACCAGUGCGUAAAUCCUUGAGUCCUCGUGAGGGAACUGCCCAGUCGGUGGUUCUCUUUAACCCCACGGAGCAAACAAGAGAAGAGGUUGUGAUGGUUGUUGUGAAUAGACCAGAAGUCACCGUUCUGGACUCCAACUGGACUUGUGUUCCAAGUCAAGUCUCUCCUGAGAUGCGGCAUGAUGGAAGUAAUGUGUUCAGUGGGCGCCACCGUCUUCACUGGAAAGCUUCUGUUCCAGCAAUGGGACUCGAAACAUACUACAUCGCUAAUGGCUUCGUGGGAUGUGAAAAAGCUCGACCAGCAAAACUCAGGUACUAUUCUACUUCUUCCAGUUCCUUCUCUUGCCCCUCACCGUAUGCUUGUUCGAAGACGGAAGCUGAGUUUGCUGAAAUCCAAAACCGAAAACAAGUUCUCACUUUCGACGUCAAGCAUGGGUUGCUGCAGAAGGUACAACAUAAGAACGGCUCCACCUAUUUAGUUGGAGAAGAAAUAGCAAUGUACACUAGCUACGGCAGUGGGGCCUACUUGUUUAGACCCAUCGGAGAUGCUCAAUCCAUCAUUCAGAACGGUGGGAUUACAGUCAUUACCGAAGGCCCACUAAUGCAGGAGCUUUUCUCGUACCCAUACACAGCAUAUCAUAGGCAUCCCGUCUCCCACAGUACACGUGUCUACAAUGGAGGUGUUGACACUGUACAAGAGUUCGCCGUAGAGACUGAAUAUCACGUUGAGCUUCUUGGCGACGAGUUCAACGACCGCGAAUUGAUUGUCCGGUACAAAACGGAUAUUGAUAAUGGGAAGGUAUUCUACUCGGACUUGAAUGGGUUUCAGAUGAGCCGCAGGGAAACUUAUGACAAGAUUCCACUGCAAGGAAACUACUAUCCCAUGCCUUCGCUUGCCUUCAUACAAGGACCCAAGGGUCACAGAUUCUCCAUCCAUUCCAGACAGUCUCUAGGUGUGGCGAGUCUUAAAGACGGAUGGUUGGAGAUUAUGCUUGACCGUCGGUUGUUGCGAGAUGACGGUCGUGGGCUCGGGCAGGGGGUGACAGAUAACCGGCCAAUGAACGUUGUAUUUCACUUGCUCUUCGAGUCCAAUGUUUCAACCGCAUCAAAUCCAGUCAGCAAUCCACUGCCUUUGAGCCCAUCCCUUCUCUCACACCGCAUUAAUUCACACUUGAACUACCCCUUAUUUGCCUUCAUCUCCAAGGGAUCAGAGGAAUUAUCUCUUCAGACGCACGGCAGAUCAUUCUCUCCUCUAUCUGCUUCACUGCCGUGCGACUUACACAUUGUGAACUUUAAAGUUGCACGGCCAGCAUUGUUUUCCCAUGAACUCAGCGGAGAUCCAAAGCCUGUCAGAGAUCCGAGGUUCAUUCUGAUCUUUCAGAGGUGGCAUUGGGAUGAUUCCUACUGCCCCAGAGGCGGGUCGUCACAGUGCACGAGGAUGGCCGAUGAACCGGUCAAUCUUUUUAACAUCUUCGAGGGGUUCUCAGUGUCAAAAGCUGAAGCGACUUCUUUGAAUCUCCUUCAUGAUGAUGUCGAGAUGCUAGGGUAUAGUGAUCAGGCUGGAGAGGUGACUCGGGAUGGUCGUGUUGCCAUCUCGCCCAUGGAGAUUCAAGCUUACAAGUUAGAGUUGCGGCCUAACCUGUAGAGUAAGAAAAGGAUGUCCUGAGUAUUACUGUUCUUUCAGUGCGCCAUUUCUGAACAUGAUCAUCAGAGCUUCAGAUGUCCUCCUGUAUACUCCACCAUGGCAGGCAGUCGAGCGACAGCUGCUGUAUGGUGAAGGGCAAGUAUGUCUCGUUUUCUCGGAAGGACGAGAUGUACAUGAAAGUAGCACGUCAAGUUAGCUUGGAGGUUGAAUGAUCAGGAUUGAUUCUCCCUUGUGCGGAGGGGAAAAAUACUACUCCUUUUCUCUCUUUUGUACACAAUAGGUUGAAGAAAAUUUUGAGGCAUCAAUUUGGGGAGACCUAACUUGUACUUGUGUCUCCCUUCCAGAAAGUUUUGUGUGCUUACUAGGACAGGAUAUGAACAUGAUUCUCUUUCUUUCUCCCUCGCAUGUUGCCCCUCUUCUUGUACAUUGGAUAUGGUUUGAACUCCGAGAUCUUACGAAAAUUCAUACAUACAUUGAGGUGAUUUUGAAAGUAAACUUUAGCUCGA